AUUCUCUCUCUCUCUCUCUCUUCUUUUUCCCUUCUCUCCACUCUCCACUACAGUAUCUCAGUGAGAUCCACACAACACAACAUCUUUGUUCUCUUGUUGCUACAAAAUUCAUUGAACUCACAUUACAUUGCCGACAUUUUCAUUUUACAACAUCAUUUCAUUAAUCAUUACUAUGUCAGGGGUGGAAGAAGGUGUUGUUAUUGUUGAAGAAGAGAACUCAGAAGAUGAGAGAUUAAGAAGGUCAAGAAUAAGAAGGCUGAAAAAGAAAGCAAUAAAUGCUUCAUGUAGAUUCACUCAUUCUCUCAAGAAAACAAGAGGGAAGAGUAAAAUUGAUUAUAGGUUUCCAAUUGAAGAUGUUAGAGAUGAACAGGAGGAAUCAGCUGUGUUUCAACUUCGUCAUUCUUUGCUUCAUAUGCCUCCUAAUCAUGAUCAUUAUCACACACUCUUGAGGUUUUUGAAAGCAAGGGAUUUUAACAUUGAGAAGACCAUUCAGAUGUGGGAAGAUAUGGUUCUUUGGAGGAAACAAUUUGGAACUGAUACCAUCCUUAAGGAUUUUGAAUUUGAAGAGCUGGAAGAAGUAUUGCAAUAUUACCCUCAAGGUUAUCAUGGAGUUGAUAAGGAAGGCCGACCAGUUUACAUCGAGAGGCUUGGAAAAGCUUACCCUAGCCGCUUGAUGCGCAUAACCACAAUGGAUCGAUAUUUAAAAUACCAUGUCCAGGAGUUCGAGAGAGCUCUACAGGAGAAAUUUCCAGCAUGCUCCAUUGCAUCAAAGCGAUGGAUUUCUUCAACCACGACAAUAUUAGAUGUACAUGGCUUGGGAAUGAAGAACUUCUCGCCUACUGCUGCGAAUCUCUUGGCUGCUAUCACAAAAAUAGAUAACAGUUACUACCCCGAGACAUUACAUCAAAUGUAUAUCGUCAAUGCUGGUCCUGGCUUUAGGAAGAUGCUCUGGCCUGCUGCUCAGAAGUUUCUUGACGCCAAAACUAUCGCAAAGAUACAGGUUCUUGAACCAAAGUCUUUAUUUAAAUUACAUGAUAUCAUCGACUCUAGUCAAUUGCCGGAUUUUUUGGGUGGCUCGUGUAAAUGUCCUGGAGAAGGUGGAUGUCUUAGGUCAAGUAAGGGUCCAUGGAAUGAUCCUAAUAUAAUGAAGUUUGUUCAUAAUGUGGAGGCAACAUUUGUAAGACAAAUCCUCAAAGUUUCCGAUGAACAGAAAAUUGACCAUUUUCAUACACACCUACAAAAGGGACGAAGCAGCGAUAUGUCAACAGCAGAAUCUUGGUUAGAAAUUAAUGAUUCUUGCCCAUCCAUUAGACAAAGGAAACUUAGUAAUCCUCGUUUAGCCUCAGUUGAUCAUGAAGAAGCUAGGGUCUCAAAUAGCAACCAUAGCUGUAAAGAUAAUGCUUCUGGCACUGAAAAAACGCUCAAAAGAGAUCAAUUUCAAUUUACUCAGGAACAGCCAUUGCAAAAUGAUGAUACGGGGAACAUAACUUGUACAGAGAAUUCCAAAGGUACAGGCACUUCGAUCAGAAAUUGGUUCGGCUUUGUUAAGGAAAAAGUGAAGACAACCAAUUUCUUAUAUGCGUCAAGUGUGCUGAUAUAUCUUUUGGAACGACUAGAUAUAUUCUUCCACAGUUUAGGAUUAGAAUUUUGGAGAACACAGAACAAUAUUGUGGUGGAACAUAACAUCAAUAACCUUAUAGAAGAUAUCAAAACACCUUCUGAAGAGGAUCAUAUUCUUCCAUCUAUACAAGAACGUCUUCGGAAACUAGAAAAAGCAUUUGUGGAACUUAGCCAUAGACCUGCUGAAAUACCUAUGGAAAAGGAGAAAAUGCUCAUGAGCUCUUUGGAUAGGAUUAAAUCUGUCGAGUUCGACCUUGAAAAUACCAAGAGGGUGGUACAUGAUACAGUGAUGAAACAAGUUGAGAUUGCUGAGCUACUGGAGAAUUUGAAGGCAUCAAAACAUCAACAAAGAAGACUGUUCUGUUGAGGAUGAGUAGUUGUUAUCACCACAGAAGACAACACUAAAUGCAAACUCAUUUAUUGGACCCACAAAAGGCUGAGGCAAGGAAUGACACAGUUCAAUUAUUAUGAGUUGCUGUCCAUAGAAAAACAUAGAGAUGGGACAGUCUUGUUUGUUUUAUGAUGCACAGUUUAGUGUUUUUUUUUUUCUCCCCUUCAAAUCUCUUGACUCAUUUACAUAGAGAAACAUAGGUACGAGAUGGUCCUCUAUUUAGAUUUGGACAGUGUGGAGAGGAAGAAUCUGUCAGUUUAAUACAACAAACACUAAAUUACAAAGGCUGGGCUUUGUAAAGAGACACAAUAACCACAUUAUGACAAAAUCAAGGAAGUUAGUUUUUUUUUUUACUCUA